ACAAACAUUGAUUGGUCUCCCUGUAUCAUCGAUACCGGUCUCCAGGGAUGCAUUGUGGGAAAAAAACACUUGAACAACAUUUAUAUCUUCGGUUGGGACUGCCAACAAAUUAUACCUUACAUUCUCGAAACUUUUUCCGUGGUAUAGUCUAUCAGGCUUGAAGCAAGUAGAAAUUUCUACCGUCAUGUCGUUAGAACAAAUCGGCCACUUCUUCGACUCGCUUAGACACGAUGGAGCAAACCCGAUUAACAAAGCAAGAGACCGACUUGGGGAGAUGGCACGACGGGGAAACAAUCAUGUUACAAAGUCAAUGACAAAGGACGGCCUAAAGGUCUUUCUGGAUGACUUGUUUGAGGGGUUGGACUUCACGUUAUCUGAUAGCAAAAUGGAGAGUAUAUUGGACCAGCUCAACAAAAGUUUAGAAGGAGGCAAACAUCACAGAGAUGUGUUUCUUGCAUGCUGGAAUUUCUGGCUACAAGAUAGUUUGUAUAGCAACUCUGCCCUGAUAGUUGUUGAUGUACAAAAUGACUUCAUAAGUGGCUCUCUUGCCCUCAAAAACUGCCCCGCAGGAGAGGAUGGGUACCAAGUAAUAGCACCAAUCAAUGGUCUUCUCAAGAAAGACCUUUUUGAUGUGGUAGCCUACACCCUGGAUUGGCAUCCUGCGGACCACUGCUCAUUCAUUGACAAUGUUGGACUUUACCCAGUAGAUCCAUCAAGCCCUACCCAGGCAAAUGCCGCUAAAGUGUACGAUACAAUUAUCUAUGCUAAACCAAAGCCUAUAAAGCAAGUUUUGUGGCCAUCACAUUGUGUGAUUGAUAGUUGGGGUGCUGAGCUACACCAAGAUCUCAAGGCACCUGAGAAAAAUAACAUCAUAACACGUAAAGGGUUUGAUUCUGACUUGGACAGCUACUCUGCCUUCUGGAACAAUGGACGUCUAAGCCAGACUAACCUGUUUUUGAAUCUGCUAGCCCAUAACAUCACAAAUGUUUAUGUUUGUGGUUUGGCAUUGGACUACUGUGUUCAGUUUACCGCUCUUGAUGCUGCCACACAUGGGUUUAAAACCUAUGUUAUUGAGGAUGCAACAGCAUUUAUCUCCCAUGGAGGCCUUGGUACAGCUAAGGAGAAGUUUAGGGAGUCUGGAGUAAUUUUGAUAAAAUGCUCAGAUGUGAUGAAAAAGAGCACCUGAGUUUAUAUGCUUUAAAUAGUUUUAUAUUGAAGCAUGCUGGUCAUGCAUGUCUACGGAAUUUUUGGAGUGAGUUUCUCACAUAGCUUCUUUGUUACAGAUUCGCUUUAAAUCCAGGCCUAUAGUCUGGUCUCAGGGGGAGAGAGAGGCGAUUUUAAAGGGUCCCCAUUUAAACUUCAAAUACAUAAUGUAGCCAAGAGAAGCUACAUUCUCAAGGAUAUUCUCAAGUAUCACUCAUCUUGGCUUGAGCCCUCAAUAACUAUUUGUUUGAUUUUUUUUUAUCAUACUCAUCUAAAAGAUCAACAAAAUAGGUGGUGUGGGGUGCGUCCGCCUUCAACACAUGGGUCAGUACGCAGCUCUUACAAGCUGCAAUUUGAUUGGGCAAAUAAACAAUAUCCGCACCUCGACACAAAGAACAAGAAAAAUAGAGACAAAAGAACUCCUUUGUAGAACAAAGAUAAUAGGAGACAAAGCAGCUGCGUACUUACUCCAACACAUACAUGUUAUAGUGCUAUAGCACUAUAAUCAUUAAUCCAAAAAUCAUUACAUGACAAAGGAUUCAAAUAAUUCUUUAAUAAAGAUUAAAUGAAAUGUUAUAUUUAUAUUUAGCUACAUAGCGUGUCUUUAUGAUCUAUAUUAUAUAAUAUUUACGGAGUGAUCAAACAGUUUUGUGUUUUUGUUUAUGUUUUGUAAUUAUUGUAUUUCUGCUGUUAUUUUUAUUAACUAUCCAACUGUCAUUAUUUAAUUGCUAAGGAUCUUGAAAUAAGAUACAUAUCUAAUAAAUUUAUGAUUUAUUCUUGCCUACUCUA